UGGCAGACGGACAGUGGGUCGGGUGGCCGGCCCGUGAGUGCCGGCCGUGGCGACCGGGUGAGGCGCGGUGACGGCGCGGUGACAAUUCGGUGACGUAGUGACAGCCGACAGGACCUGUGAUGAGUUACUGACGAAAAUCGGUGACCUGGAAGCGAUUAGUGCCGGCGGCGGUGAUUCGGUGAUGCUGAACCGGUGUGGUGACAAAGAGAAGUGGUGUGUUGAAUAAGAACUCGUAAUAUGGACAGAGAUGUAUCGACUGCAUAGUGAUCAGCUUAAAACAAAUCAACAAACGACACUCAACAAAUCAACAUAGUGGAAUACCAAACAACUGGACAAGCAAGAACAACAGGAUAAGCAGGGACAAUCAUCGCGUGCUUGUGCCAAGCCGUGGCUCAGUGUUGCAGUGCAUCCUAUAAACAGGACAAUGGACCUCAUUAGCGUCGGCAAAUGCAGCUUUGUUCCCAGUAAAUAUCAUCGGUGAGCCUGGACACUAAAAAUCAAGCACAAAGUGGUCUACAUAGAAUAGCCAACCGAGCGCUAUUUUGAAGGCUGUUGAAGUUUGCAAGCUCUUGGAUUGCUCCUCAAGACUGACUCAUUAUAUGCAAACGGCUCUCAAUCCAGGUUGUCUUUAGCUUAGUACGGAUAUCACUCGACAGUGCCAAGACCAGUAUAGCUGCCUCUUUAUCUGCAUAGUACCCUUCGACCUCUGAAGCUGCCCUUCGAGCACGCCUCUCGAUCACCUGGUGUUGCCGCUGGCCCCUGAGGUCACCAGUGCCCCUCUGCUUCACCGGUGCAUCCUGCAUCAUCACUGACCUCUCAGCAUCACCGGUGACCCCUCUGCAUCACCGGUGACCCCUCUGCAUCACCGGCGACCCCUCUGCAUCACCGGCGACCCCUCUGCAUCACGGGUGACCCCUCGCUCGCCAUGGCCGGCCUCUACCCCGGCCCGGACUGCCGGCUUUCGGAGCCGAGCUCUUCCACGUACGGGCUGCCGGACUAUGGAAAGGAGCACCUGAUGUGGUGUACUGAGCAGCAGUUCGAUCAUGUGCUUCAGCAGCUGUCACCCAGGGGUCUUCUGGAGCUGAUUCAGCUGCUGCAGGACGCGAUGCUGCUGGAGCAGGCGACGUUCGACAGCCUGCAGCAGCAGCUGGACUCGUCGGCGGCCACAGACCAGCACCGGCACCGACUCAGUGCCGCCCUCUGCACGUCGCAGGCCCGCCUGACGCGCCUCUGCGGACGCAGCAUGCGCUGCUUCUCACAGCAAGCUCUGCGAUCCCGUCAGCAGUUCCAAAAUGAAGGCACCUCUGACUCGACCCCCGAAAACAUCGGCCAACAGAAAAUGUCUGUCCAUGGACCAGUCUUGCAGACGUCCGAACACAGCCAGCAAAGGACAGGCGGCGAGGCGGUCUCCUCUACAGAGCACAGGCGGCAGCGCAGGCCGUCACAAGGCUACGAGCCGACCCCUCCCGCGCCUCAGCAUGUUCCGCAACGACGGUCCACAAUAUCACACGAGUCAACGUCUGUUUCAACGUCCAAUGCACACGCAGACUCCCAUUCCAAAUACACACUGGGUGCAAGCCGUCGUCAAGAGCUAUCAUCAAGAAGCCAGUCUCUCUCGGACCUUACUCAGAAACAGCCACAGGCCGAGACUGGAGACGCCUUCAAACGCAAUCUCUCGUUCUUCCAGCGCGCCGCGCACGGUCUGAACGCGCGCAUGAGCCAGUCGGCGGCGGCGGCGGCGGCCCGACGCACCAGCAGCAGCAGCGUCGACUCCGACGGCAGCAUCUCGGGCGCCUCCUCCUCCUCCGACCGGCCCGCCUCCUUCGGCUCCGGCCGAUUCGGCGGUGUGACGUCACCGUCGGCCCGAGUGACGUCAGAGCCGGCCCGAGCGGCGCCGUUCGGGAGCGGAGCGGCGGACGGCGGAGGAGCCUCGCUCAGAGCCGGUCAGCGGCCGGGAGGAGGUGGAGCGGGAGGGAGCGCGGCGUCCGGGACGAGCGGAGGUGUGAGGGUGGGCGGUACGGCAGCCGCCAGGAUCCGCCAGUCGCUCCGGAGCAGGGAGCUGCGCUGGGAGGAGCCGCCCCGGUGGGGAGCAGACGACUGGGAAGACGAGCGGUCGCCGCUGUUUGAGCGCCGCUCCAGCGACACGGGUCUGGUACCGCCGCCGCGCCGGCCGCACCUGCAGCUCCCUGCGGACCAGAGACGCAGCUGUGAGGACCUGAGCGCGUUCGACCGGCCGAGUCGACCCCUGUACUCCAGCAGAGUCGGAGUCCGUGGUGAGGGCCUGACCCGAGCGAGGAGCUGCGAGAACGGCCUGGACCGAUCGCCGUUCUCUGCGCCGCCUCUGAGGACGGCCAGUGUCGCUGCUCUGGUCACAGGCCCCAACGGAGAACAGAGAGGCCAGUACAUCCUUCGGCGAGCUCCCUCAGCAGAGGAGGUACUCGAGUCAGUCAAAGAGCUUCGCGUUGGCCGACGAAGCAGUUUAAGAAUGGAGCGUGAUCAGCAGCCGUCGUCGCGCCUCCCCGAGGCCAACUACCAGAAUGUGCUCUUGUCAUCAGCCUUUCAACCAGCCUUCCAAUCCAACAAAUCCCUCGGUACGAAAAUAUCCAUCGGGAGUUCAGGGAACCCAUCAUCCCGCCGUCGAGGACCUCCAGAGACAGGUCCCGGCUGCUACCAGAACGUCUGGGUCGGCACUGGCGACCCGCACGGCCCCUGUGAGGUCAUCUACGACCACCCAGCGAACCCCAGUCGCAAGAUCCGCCCUGCCGAGCACGACCAGCUUUACGAGAACGUCCACUGGUCGGGCGCGCCGACGUACGAAAACAUAGCGCUGACCGACGGGGUGGCCCCGGCGGAGGUCGCCCCCGAGUACGACAUACCCCGGAGGUCGCGAGUAUACGACACUCCGAGGGCGGUGCCGACGAGUGACGGGACCUCCCGCUCGGCGGACACGGACUCGGACUGGGACGAGGACUCUCUGGAUGGCGACCUCGGCGUCCGGAGGGACGACAACUCGCCAGACCGCGAUGGUGACGGUCUGCGGGGCGGAGGGCGCGGGACCCACGGCAGCGGCCCGUACCGCGCGCCGGGUCUGUCAGUCAGCCCUCUACCGGAGCAGACCUCGCUCGGCCAGACCCGCGCAACAGGCGCCGGCGGCGACCACCGGCUGGACCAACAGGUGGACCCGCAGGCGGACCAGCAGCUGGACGAACAGCUGGACGAGGGGCUCGGCGAGUCAGACGGCCGCAGUCACUACAACGAGGACCCAGGUCUGGAGGUGAUUGUGGAGGAGGCCGAGGAGGACUACGUCACCACCUCGGAGGAAGAGGAUGAGGACGCCGAGCCGGCUGCCUCGCUCGCCUCCAUGGAGGGCUCCGAGGGCAUCGGCUCGGCGGAGGGCGACCUGCGCUCCAACGGGUCUCUGGAGCGCUGCAGCACCCUGUCCAGCUCAGGUGGCCAUCGGAGUAUGAUGCAAGACGAUGACCCCGAAGGACCGCUUCAGAAGGACUGCUCCAUCGAUAUUUACCCUGAAACUAUGCGGCAGCGCAAACACAAGAGACGGUCGCAGACGAGCGAUGACAGCGACAGUCUAAGGAGCGAGCAGACGCUAUCAGCGAGCACCGAUCCGUCAGAGAGCCGCUCCUCGCCCCUGGAGGGCCUCCUGCCGUCCGUGAAGGCGCUCAAGAGCAAGUUUGAGCGGUCGGCCGGGAACCCGUCGGGGUCGAUCGGUCGGCGCGCCGGCCGGUCCCGUCCCGGCGGCGACCCGCUGGCCCUGGACGUGCUGUCGGCCGCCCUCGGGGAGCUCAGUCGCUCCGGCGGGACCCAUCGCCGACCGCUGGAGACCGUGUUCGAUAAGUUCCCGCUGGUGGACGAACGCACUGUGAAGCCGGGAAUCGCUACCGACGCCUGGGACCCGAGCGAGCUGCUGAAGUUGCUGUACGAGGUGCCGCAGCCGAGCGGCCGCUCCCACUCCAAGUUGCGCUUCACCAACAUCGAGGGCUGGCUGGAGAAGCUGCCGUCCGGCAUGACGAAGGCCACCUUCUGGAACGCAUGGAAACGACGCUACUUCAAGGCCAAGGACGGCUUCCUCUACUACUAUCAGAACAACGUCACUGAGAAGCCUAGUCUGGUGCUGCGGCUGAUGGGAGGCCGAGUCGAGCUCAUGGACUGCUCCUCAUUCGGCACCAACGACGGGGUACCGCAAACCGUAUUCAGCUUGUACGACGGGGUGGACCGUUUCAUGGUGGUGCGCUGCGCCCGCGGGAAGGAAGCCGACCGGUGGCACCGUGCCCUGCUCACGCACACGGCUGACGACGCCAGCGCCACCUACGUCCAGCCGGUGCGGGUGCCGCCGAACCCCGUGUCGGCUCAGAGGAGGGUCAUCAUCGACCUGGGCAGCACGGCCGUCCGGGCCGGCCUGCUGCUCGACCAGCCCACGCUGCCACAGCUGUUCUUCCCGGCCGUCGUGGUGAGCUCCGGUGACGGCCGGCCGCUGGCGGUGGGCUCAGCGGCGCUGCGGCCCGCGGCGCGCGCUGCCGGCCGCCUCUGGUUCCCCGUCCGCUCGGCGGCCGCCGGCCGGAGGAGACUGGACGUCCCGGCCGCCGCGGCGCUGGUCCGCCUCGCCCUGCGGCGGCUGCAGCUCUCCGGGGAGGUGACCAUGGUGCUGAGCGUGCCGCACGGUCUGAGGUCGGCGGUGACCGCUCAGCUGGCGCCGCUGCUGCUGGAGGAGCUCGGUGUGCGCGCCCUGGCGGUGGUGGAACAGAGCGAGGCGGCACUGGCGGCGUACGGCGUCACCACCGGUCUGGUGGUCAACGUGGGGGAGAGCACGGACGUGGUGCCCAUCAUAGACAGCGCGGUCGUUCCCGCCGGCGUGACUCGUCUCCCUCACGGCGGCUCGGCUCUGCGGGACCAGCUGCGACCGUUCCUCCUGCAGAAGAGGCGCUCUCUGACCGGCUCGGUCGAGUCCCUGAUGCUGCGACACGCCUUCGAGCGCCUCUGUUUCGUCUCGGAGCGGUACGCGGAGGACGUGCGGCGGUGUGCCGCUAACCCGGCGCCGUUCGAGAGGACACUGCCGGUUGGCCAUCUGCUGGGAGACAGCUCCGACUGGAGGGAGAUCGAGCUUGGCGUUGGCAGGUUCCAGGCACCGGAGAGCCUGUUUAGCCCGCACAUCUGGGGUCUAGAUCAGCCAGGACUUCAUGAGCUGGUCCACAAGGCCAUCGAGGCGUGUCCGGUGGAGAGUCGCCGGGAGCUGCUGCGCACCGUCUGCCUGUCCGGAGGGGUGACCCAGCUACCCGGGCUGGCCGAGAGACUGCAGCUGGAGCUCGACCAGCUCGCCACCGGACCGUUCACACCGCGGGUACACGCGUCGGCGUACCGGUGCCACGCCACGUACCUCGGCGCCGGCGUACUGGCCGCCUCGGACCGGUUCCAGCAACGCGCCGUCACCAGAGCCACCUGGCGGCGACACGGUGCAGCUGCGUUUGACGCGACCACCGCGUGAGGGACCGAGAUGCGUCCAGAAUCUGAGAGAUCGUGUGGCAGAAGUAGGAUGGGUAGAGGCCAGAGAGAUCAAGGCCCAGCCUACAGUGAUAUCGAAUGAUGCGAUGAUGAUACUGUGUGCGAUUUUACGUACAUAUUGAUAUUGACUUUUGGUGGUUCUCUAGACAAGACGAACAGAAGGAGGGGAGAGUGAGAUAGGAAUGGGAGUCGAAAUGAUUGUGAAAUCUAUGGAGAGUCAAGUAACUUCUCCGGAGGGGUCAAGCUGUGAUUUACUGCGUUUUCGGUUUAUAGCAACACUUUGUUAUCAACUGUUUUGCUUGUGGGAUAAGUUUAAGCGUUAUUCGAUACAUUCCUCUUUUAACUAGUUAGUUUUAAUUUCCACUAUUGUAAAGUAAAUACAGCACGAGCGUCUAGUUAUCCAAGUGCCACUGGGGGGGGGGGGGGGAGAGAAACUCUGCAAUCCCGAAACCAUGGUUUCGUGCAUUUUGCCAAUAAAUCACGGCAGACGAUGUAGAAACUCGUGAAACUGCGACUUAUGAUGCGGUUUAUAUGUACGGCCGACCUUUUGAUGCCUCCAGACAGUUGAUGUGGUCGGUGUAUGUGCGUUGUGCAUCAUGGUUGUUUGUUAUAAGGGAAUAAUUGUUUGCAGUAUCUAUGUCUUCCUGUCGCUUUACUGUGCAAUCUGCCACGAUAUGGACCGCUUUGCUCCGCGUGCUGUUUUCAACGUGUUGGUAGAAGCAAUAAAUGAUAUCAGCACCUAAUAACA